GGAGGCGGCGUGCCAAUGGCUGCGCUGCCCCCUCCUCUGCCCCCACCCCGCCGCCGGCCCCUCCGCCCUCCCCGCCCGACCCUCCUCCCCGCCGCUCACUCCGCGCCCAGGCGUGCGGCUCGGGAGGCGGCCCCGCUCCGCGCCCGGCGCAACCUCCGCCGGCUCCGCGCUCGGGAGCCAGCAGACAUCCUGGAUCCCCAGAAAUUCAGCAAGAGACGCGAACCGGCCGCGGGGAGCUGGGGCAGCGCCCCCCGCUCGGGCGAACGGGAGAAAAGUUUGGGAAGAGUUGAAGUAGGAAAGGACGCUACUGCUCCCGGCAGCGGGAGGAAUAAACUAGAGGCACAUGAUGCGCACUCCCCGGCGGAGAGCGGCGCCGAGGCAGCGGGACAGGAGCCCGAGGACGGGACCGGGGACGGGACCGGAGGCCGGCCCGCCUCCCAUCAGCCCGGUCCGGAGGAGCCGGGCUCGCCGCGGGGCGGCAGGCGGCGGCGGGCCGAGGCGGGAUGCGGAAAACCUCGGCGGGCACGGACGGCUUUCACCUACGAGCAGCUGGUGGCCCUGGAGAACAAAUUCCGAGCCACCCGGUACCUGUCGGUCUGCGAGCGCCUCAGCCUGGCGCUGUCGCUCAGCCUCACCGAGACGCAAGUGAAGAUCUGGUUCCAGAACCGACGCACCAAAUGGAAGAAGCAGCACCCGGGGGCCGACGGCGCGGCCACCGCCGCAUCCUCCCCCGCUGCGGCGGCGUCGGGCGGCAGCCCCAGCCCGCCGGCUCCCGGCGCUUUGCCCUUCCAGACUUUCCCUUCCUACGCCGCCGCCAACGUCCUGGUCCCGCCGGCCGCCCCCUUCCCGCUGGGCGGCGGCGCCUUCGCUCCCUUCCUCGGCCCCGCGUACCUCGGCCCCUUCUACGCCCCGCACCUCUGAGGCGGACGGAUCCCCCGUGUCCCCCCGGAAGCCAGGCACGGUCCUUCUGCCCAAGCGGGGUGCGACGGCUGCGCUUCUGGUGGUUGCAUGGCGAUUUGAAGUGUAAGAAAGUCGAUUUUUUUUUUUUUCCAGGAGUCACAGCAGCAUGUUUGAGGUACAUACUUUGACAAAGAGAAACAAACCCCACUGUGACCACCGGAUUUUAUUAGCACGUUUGAGAUGUAAUUAUAGGCGUUGGAGAUGGGAAAAGUAAACCUCUUUACACAUGGCUGACACUAAUUCCCUCCAGAUUCUUCUCCAAGUUCCUUUUUCAAGCACUCCUCGUUGCCGUUCAGCUUGCCAGCACGUCUCAAACCUCGAGAGCUCGGGAGCUGUGGCACUUGUUCCUGCUGCUGUUCUCCUGCUGAUGGUACACACCAACGUUUCCAAUUCCAGGGAUGCUCGCCAGCGAAGUCCCCAGGCUCUGAAUUUGCUCGUAGGACUGGGUUGUUCCCUGUUUGACCCAUGUUUUAUUGUCAUUUCUGACUUCUGACCUGAAAUCUGCAAGCUGUGUGCUUGGUACCCUACCUGGAGGAGAGUUUUUCUUUCUGCCUGAGAAGGUGUAGGAAACUGCCGCUCCGUGUCAUCAGGCGACGAGCAGAAAAUCUGCGCGGUCAGUGGGAAAAUACUCAAUUGCUGCUGAUACCCACGUCCCUGCCGUCUUUUUCUGUUCAUUCCCAGUGACUUCAGAGGUUUUGGAUGAGAUGUCUAAAGAUCAUUCUUUUUGCAGAGAACAGUUGUUCUUAUAAUAACACAGCAUUAGUGCCAAAUGAGGCAGAAAAGAAAACAUAAAUCAGAGAAAAUGAUUACAUUAUUCAUUUCCUUAAAAAUGGGGCAUUCGUGGUAGAAAAUAAGUAAAAUGCAGAAUUUCCAGUAUGCCGAGACUAUUUUCCAUAACAGAGAAACACAUGCUUUUUGGUUUUUUUGCUUUUUUUGAAGCAUUUGUUAGAAGGGAAAAUCACAUUUCAUCUUCAUCGUUACAAGCACCGGAAUGCAAAGGAAUUUUAGCUGGGGGCUUUUCUGUCCCUGAAUGGAUGGGAAGUAAUUGGUUUAAAAAACUCUGUCUCAUGCGGUUUUACAAAUUCUUACAACACGCUGUUCCACGACUGUAUCCCCGCGGUCUCUUGCAGCGCUUUAAAGUACGCAUUGGCUUUCCAACCAAAAAACAUAGCACAUAAAUCCUAUCUAGCUCUUCUUGUGUUUGUCUAAAUAAAAAGGUUUUUUUAAAUUA